CCUCCGUGCGCAGAUUCGGAAGUGCGGUGGCACUCUGGCUGACCGGCUUCCGGCCUGUGCUGCAGCACCGGGCUAGUAGAGCCACGUAACGGCCGGGGGUCUGCAGCCAUGGCGGAUAGGAAGACUAACGGUGGCGGAGCGUCCGCCUCGUCGAGCACCAACUUACUCUUCUCCUCCUCGGCCACGGAGUUCAGCUUCAACGUGCCCUUCAUCCCCGUCACGCAGGCCGCCGCCUCCCCGGCUUCCCUGCUCUUGCCCGGAGAGGACUCCACAGAUGUUGGUGAGGAAGAUAGUUUCCUCGGCCAGACUUCUGCUGUCACCUCCACCCCUCAGACAUUCAGUUACUUCUCUCAGGUACCAAGCAGUAGUGACCCUUUUGGGAACAUUGGACAGUCGCCCUCAACAACUACCGCCGUGUCGGCUGGACAGUCGGCGUUUUCCAAGCCCCCAGCCACACUCCCUUUCACAACUGGAUCCCAAGAUGUGUCGAAUGCAUUUAUGCCACCGGUUUCCAAGGCUCAUUAUGGUGCUGCACCUCCCUCACAGAUGGGAGUAAAUACCUAUUUGCCUUCUCAGCCGAGCAGUCUCCCUCCAAACUUUGGGAGCCCUCCCGCAGGGAUUCCUCAACAAGGACAUAACCCAUAUCGUCACACUCCUGUCAGCAGCAGGGCGAAUCCCUACAUUACACCCCCACAGCUGCAGCAGUGCCAGACACCAGGCCAUCCCUCCUACCCUCCGCCUUCUGGACCCCCUGUGCAGACGUACCAAAUGCCUCCAGGACCGAUGCCACUGCUCCCUCCAUCAGUGCAGUCACCAGCACAGCAGCAGGUGCCCGCCAGACAUGCAGGACCCCCUGGACAGGGGCCAUCUCCUUUUGUGCUUCAGAACCAGUAUGAACCUGUUCAGCCUCACUGGUUUUACUGCAAGGAGGUGGAAUAUAAACAGCUGUGGAUGCCUUUCAGUGAGCUUGACUCUUUGAAUCUUGAAGAGAUCUAUAACUCGGUGCAGCCAGAUCCUGAAAGUGUGGUUCUCGGCACGGAUGGAGGGCGCUAUGAUGUCUACCUCUAUGACCGCAUGAGGAAGUCUGUGUAUUGGGACGAGGAGCCAGCUGAAGUGAGACGCUGUACUUGGUUUUACAAGGGGGACACAGAUAGCAGAUUUAUCCCCUACACAGAGGAGUUCAGUGAGAAGCUCGAGGCUGAGUACAAAAAAGCUGUAACCACGAAUCAGUGGCACCGCAGACUAGAGUUUCCAAGUGGAGAGACCAUCGUUAUGCACAACCCAAAGGUUAUUGUCCAGUUCCAGCCUUCUUCAGUGCCAGAUGAGUGGGGAACAACACAGGAUGGACAGACAAGGCCCAGAGUUGUAAAGCGUGGGAUUGAUGACAGUCUUGAUGAAAUUCCUGAUGGGGAAAUGCCUCAAGUUGACCAUUUGGUGUUCAUGGUGCAUGGCAUUGGACCCGUGUGUGACUUGCGCUUUAGAAGCAUUAUUGAAUGUGUGGAUGACUUUAGGGUGGUUUCUCUCAAGUUACUGCAGACACACUUCAAGAAGUCUGUUGAGGAAGGGAAAGUCAGCAGAGUGGAGUUCCUUCCCGUUCACUGGCAUAGCGCCCUGGGUGGGCAUGCCACGGGCGUUGACAGGAAUAUCAAGAAGAUCACUUUGCCAAGUAUUGGUCGGUUUCGGCACUUCACUAAUGACACCCUGCUAGAUGUCUUGUUUUACAACAGCCCUACCUACUGUCAGUCAAUUGUGCAGAAAGUGGGAGUGGAGAUAAACCGGUUACACUCUCUCUUUUUGAGUCGGAACCCAAACUUCAAAGGAAAGGUCUCUGUUGCUGGUCACAGUUUAGGUUCUCUGAUACUGUUUGACAUCUUGUCUAAUCAAAAAGAUAUGAGUGUCUCUAAGUCUCCGGGGUCUAUAAGUGUUGCUAAUGGAGUUAUGAAACAGCCAGAUUUUCAGGAAAAGCAGGUACCCGAAGAGCCAAAGCUGAUGUCAGAUGAAUCCUGUGGACUUGAUGUUGAGAAUGAAGAACCCCUGACUUUGCAUGGAACCCUGGAAGCACUCAGCCUCCUUGAUUACAUUAGCACUUUUGAGAAGGAAAAGAUGGAUAUGGAGUCUUUGCUUAUGUGUACAGUUGAGGACCUGAAGGAGAUGGGGAUCCCCCUUGGGCCCAGGAAGAAGAUAGCCAAUUUCGUAAAGCUUAAAGCAGCCAAACUGGAGCAGAGGAAAGCAGCGUCAGAGAAGAAGGCAGCGAUGGCUGCUGCGACGAAAGGACGAGACGACGGUGUCCUGAAGACCAGGGAGGUGGCUCUUCCCUCUCCAGAAAACAACGCGUCGGAGAGGAAGCUGUCAGUUGGGGCACGCGUGUCUUCUGUGCAAGUUGAGUAUGAGUCUUUUGACGUUGGCACGGGACAGGUUUCUGUCACUUACAACUCGUUAGACUUCGAGCCGGAGAUUUUCUUUGCCUUGGGCUCUCCAAUCGGCAUGUUCCUCACUCUCCGCGGUGUAGACAGGAUCGAUGAGAACUACCGCCUCCCUACCUGCAAAGGCUUCUUCAACAUUUACCAUCCGCUUGAUCCGGUGGCAUACAGAUUAGAACCCAUGGUGGCUCCAGAUUUGGACUUGAAAGCUGUUCUCAUUCCACAUCACAAAGGCAGAAAGAGGCUUCACUUAGAGUUGAAAGAGAGCCUUUCUCGAAUGGGAUCCGAUUUGAAGCAGGGCUUUAUCAGCUCUCUGAAAAGUGCUUGGCAGACACUCAACGAAUUUGCACGUGCUCAUACCUCUUCAACGCAGUUGCAAGAAGAACUGGAAAAGGUGGCCAAUCAAAUCAAAGAAGAGGAAGAAAAGCAAGUAGUGGAAGCGGAAAAGAUUGUUGAAAGUCCAGAACUUUCCAAGGAUGAGGACUAUGUGGGCAAGGUUGGGAUGUUAAAUGGAGGCCGCCGGAUUGAUUACGUUCUUCAAGAAAAGCCAAUAGAGAGUUUUAAUGAAUAUCUUUUCGCUCUUCAGAGUCACUUAUGCUAUUGGGAAUCUGAAGAUACUGCCCUCUUGUUACUAAAAGAAAUUUAUCGAACAAUGAACAUUAGUCCAGAGCAGCCCCAGCACUGAGCAGAUUUGCAUUUUACUGGAAUUUAGGAGUGGACUCAGCUGGAAGCCUAAGGACGUUUUACUGGUGUUUAAAAGACAAACCAGGCCAUGCCAGCUUAAGAGGAGAAUGGAGGAGAGAAGGAAAAAAGAGAAGAAAAAAAAAGGCCAUUUAAGCUGGCACAGUGGUGACUUGAACUCUGGCCACAGGAGACGACUGAUGAGAGACGACUGAACUUGGGUCUCAGAGCCGCUAACGAAGUCACUGUGAUGUAAAGCAACAGAGUUACGGAGGAUGCCUGUGGGUUUUAAUGGGAACUGAGUGGUGGUGCUUUUUCCUGCAGGGCCCAUGGGGGAGCAGGGGUUUGGGUGUGGGGUGGUGGGUAAUCACUUCUGGUUUGUUAAGUCAGUAGUUGAUAAUGUUGGUCUGAAGGUGAAAAGAAAUCUGAGCGCUAAAGAUGACUUUAGAGGCAUGAGUAUGAAUUUGCCAUCCAAAGACUCAGUUAGUUGAGUUUAUGUAUUAAAAUACAUUAAACUCCUUCAGUUUACCUUGAAGGAGUGAAGCAGGGCCUGGAGUGAAAGGACUCCAGAAGUCGAGCCCAGGCAAGGGAGGACUGCUGCAGGCAGGGGUCAGAGGACAGGCUUCAGGCAGGUGCAGAUGCAGGUCAUUGCUGGUGACCUGGAUCAGAGUUGCUUUACUGUCAGGCCAGAGGUUAAAGGUGACGAGAGAGAGUUUUGUCAGAAGUAAGGCAGUGGGGAAUGGAAUAGGUGGGAUAGGAAGGUGUUAGCUUGCCAGUAGGGAUGGUCCAGAAUUGAGGAGAAUGAUAAUUUUGGAUGAAGGGGUUAUUGGGGUGUGGGCAUUUGGAAAGGCAGAGAGCAUGCAGCCAAGUGCGGCCAAGAGCUGAACUGUAGGAAAGGAGCAAGGCGGUGGGUGAUGUGGGUGCAGGUACAGGCUGGACGGGGGAGGGAGGCGUUCUCUGACAGGUUCUGACUCUGUGGAGUGUGUGGAAAGGUCAUCAGCAGAGAGUAAGACUAGGGGCCUGCUGGGACAGUUGCAGAGAGAAGAGGCGAUGGAUCUUCCUGUGAGAGACAGGAACUCACCAGCCCAGUAUGAUUGGAUUUUAUUGCAGGUUGGAAUGCCUGCUGAUAAUUUGAUCAUAAAUUUGAAGUUAAUGACUUUGUUACAGUGGCCUGGCUUCUCUGGUCAUGCUCAGCUACCUGGGCAAGGUCAGCAAAUACUUGUGUUUGCCUGGGAUAGGCAAGAUAGAGUGAGGGUGGAGACUCACUGACCACAUAUGAAGGAUGGGAGGCUUUGGUCAGAGGAUGGUGUGUGUGGAGUAGCGAUUGCUGAGGCUCUGGUUUUCCCUGUGACAUGGUCCAUUGGAGCUGUCUUACUUUGUUCAACAAAUACCUCAUGUACUUGGAAGCAAUUUUUUUCAAACUUUCUUUAGAUUUAUUUUAUAUGUAUGAUUGUGUGUGUGUGUGCGCGCGCGCGCGUGCCAUGUGCAUGCAGGAGCCAGUGGAGGCCUGAAGAGGGUGUUGGAUCCCUGGAGCUGGAGUACAGGUGGUUGUGGGCUGCCUGGUAUGGGUGCUGGGAAGAGAACAGCUGGUUUUCUGCAAGAGCAUCAGAUUUUUAGUGGCUGAACUAUGUCUCCAGCCCAGCUUUUCUCUUACGUUUAUGUAUUUCAUGUUGUUUGCUGUCUUUCUGUGUUAGGUUUCCCAUUGGGGUCUACAUUUACAUGGACAUCUUUGUUGUACAGAGAUUGAACAUAGUGCCUUGCAGGUACUGCACCACUGAGCUACAUGCUCAGCCCUGUGUACGAUUUUUGUCUUUAUAAAUGGAUUAUACAAACAUGUGGUUCAACUUCUUUAUUUUGUUUAGGUAUUUUAAAGCUUUUAAAUUAACAUUUAUGUAUUUAUAUUUGGGUGUAUGUGCCAUGCAUGGUGCAUAUGUGGAAGCCAGUGGACAGCCUGCUGGAGUAAGGAUUCUCUUUGCAGCAUGGGGUCCCAGAACUCAAGCUCAGGUUGUAAGGUGGUGUCAUGAGCACCUUUAUCCACUCUGAGCCAUCUCAUUGGCCCUUUUUGAAUGGGUUUAUCAAAUUUUAUUUCAUAGUUAUAUUUUUUAUUAGUUUAUCCUCCAUUUUUGAGUGUUAGGUAACUCCCCCCAACAUAUACACCUUCACUAUUGUACAUAACUUUGACAUGUAGCUUUACGUGCUUUUGCCUGUCUCUGACUUGCGAUAAGCCUGUGAGUGGCACUGUUAGAUCUAGAAUAUCACACGUUUUGAAAGGCUUUCUAGUCUGCUCUUAUUGCUCAGUUGCAUUCUCGAGAAGCCCCUCAGUUUUCAUAUCUACUGUUAAUGUAUAAUGCCAGUUUUUAUUUCCUCUUAACACUAAGGUGACUAUUUUUUAAUUCUGGCAGUUGAGCACCAGAAAUUGCUGAGCUGUCUUGUUUGUUUUCCCUUUGUUAGUGAACUUGAGUAGCCUUGCUAGAUUUAACCUACCAGUUUCAUUUCUUUAUCAAUUGCCUCUUGACCUUGAUGCAUUUCCUGGAGGUAUAGGGUAGGGGCUGUUGGAUGUGUGCCCGAGGCUGUGCGAUGUGUUGCUUAGUGAAGCUGAUGGAUGAUAUCCUGCAGUUUCUUUCUGCUUUGUUACUUGUCUUUUAUUUUUAGGUUAGAUUGGGAGUACGUUUUUUAAAACUAAUUACUUCUUAGAUAUCUUUUGCUUGCUUUUAGUUCUUAAUUUAACUCUAAAAACGUGUGGUUUUGAGAGGGACUUGACUUUCCCUGAAUAAGUCAUUGUUUCCUGUACUGUAUUUGAAUGUUUUACUUGAUACCUCUAUCAUUUGCCUAGUAUCCGUUUUCUGGGCAUUCUGAUCAAUUUAUCAUAUGGCAUUGGAGGCAAGGGCUACAUGUUAGUAUCUUUUUGUUUUUUUCAAAGCAGUGUUUCUCAGUGUUGCCUUGGCUGUCCUGGAAAUUGGUAGACCAGGAUGGCCUAGAACUCA